AUGGGCACGGCUAUCGAUCUACCGACUAACAGGUCACCCAUGCUAGAUAUUGACCUGUUCAAUCCAGGAGCUGACUCCAACAUGACCUUCGACUGGUGCAACCCGCUUACAGCCCUGGAACCACUGGACAACAUACUACUCACUCGCCUAUCGCCACGGUCUCUCGCUCACGGCGGCACCGAGGAGGAAAUAUCGCACGCGGAACUAAAUACACUGCACAAGUACUACUUUGAAUCCAUUUACUUCUCCUUUCCCUUCUUGAACCAAGAUCGCUUUGCGGUAGAAUCUAUGGGAGGCGGUCUUGCCAUAAGCGCACUUAUUUACGCAGUUGCACUUGCUGGAUGCGCUCACUCAUCCACUUUCCAGAACAAAGAGUCUGCUUGCUAUGUAUUAGCAAGGAAUUAUGCAGAGAGGUGUGAAAGAGAUGGCCAGCUGAACGACCUCAAUUUGUUGCAGGCCCUUCUCUUUAUUGGGAAACAUGAGGCUAUGGCUGGGAAGCUCGAGAGGAGCUGGAUGACACUGGGACGUGCAGUGAUGCUAUCCAGGCUGCUUGGGCUGCCCUACAUGGAUAGAGGAGAUAAAAGCGAUGGACUUCCAGACUCUCAAAUUCAUGAUGAGUCUGGCCUGAGCCUGCCUGAAACGACUGAUCAGGUUCUUCUAGAGGAACGAAGAAGGACCUUCUGGGCUUUGUACAUAUUGCUCAGUUACGUCAAGACACGCACCGGAUGGCAAAGCAUGCUUGGCGACAUAAAGGAAUUUUACAUCAAUCUCCCAUCACCAGGCUUGCUAAGAUCCGACCUAGUCCCGCUCAAGAUGCCCUAUCUCUCAGAUAUAGAUUUAAAACCCAGCACCGAAAUCUCAUCCUAUACAGGUUGCGUCCUAAUGGUAGAGCUGGCACUGCGCUGUUUUGAACAUGGACAAAAGCGGACUUCAGAGAGCUUCUGGGAUGGCUACUGCGAUCUUGUGAAGAAGACAGACGUGCUUUUCGGAAUGCUGAAACGUCACCUCAACGCUGCAUCUAUCCGAGAAGACCCCGUCGCCUUCAGCCUGUAUCUGAACUUGCGAGCAACGGAGAUCUUUUCCCAUGAGUCGGCUAUCACUCGUAGCGAAGAGCAAGGUCUGCCGCUAUUGAUGACAGCGGAGAGUCAACGUCGUGCCACGGCAGCGGCUUUUCAGGUAUCAACUGCAGUGCGUCUAAACCUCCCCUCGCCUGGGAAGGCAGAAAACGACAUUAUAAUGCUGCAAGCCAUUUUCAUUGCUUGGCCGCUUACCAUGGCCUUGAAAGCGUUUCAUCGCGAGCUGGUGAACGGUGGUGAUCGCGAUAGCAUUAACGGCAUUGUUGCAUCAUCAAGAUUACUAUUUGCCGCUCUGCACCAUAUUGAGGAGUCCGGCGGACAUUGGCAUCGAAGUGUUGCACAGGUGGAGAGAAAACUUCAGGAAUGGGAAGAGAAGAACACCUUCAACUCUCUUACGCUAUGA